AUGUCACCUAAUUCUACAGAUUUCGAGGCUAUGGAAGUCAUUGGAGGAUCAGAAAUUGAACGCGCAAAUGGAGCACUCCUUGUCGACAUCCGUGCAAAAGGUGGACUGAACCUCGGUCAAGACGAUAUCAAACUAGCUAAAGACGGUCACACGGUUCUCAUUCCGCAACCUUCUGAUGACCCUGAUGACCCACUGAACUGGUCGGAGAUGAAGAAGAAUCUGCUGUUCUGUACCAUAGGUCUGGCCUCGUUCAUGACGGAUUUUCAGGCAGCUGCAGGUGCCCCUCUUCUUGGACCCCAGGCAGAGGAGUGGAAGAUGACACCGAACCGUGUCAAUUACUCAGGAAAUCUGAAUUUGCUCCUGCUGGGUAUUGGAGGAUUGGUUUGGCUGCCAAUUAUGUCUUCGUGGGGUAGGGCACCCGUCCUCUUUUGGGUUAAUCUCGUGGGCACAGCGAUGACGCUCGGGUGUUGCUUGGUCAAUGACUUUUCUGGUUAUUAUGGUACUCGUGCUGUCAUGGGCUUCUUCUUCUCAGGGAGCCUUACAGUUGGACUCGCUUUCGUACAAGAUAUGUACUUUUUCCACCAACAGGCGCGCAAAGUUGGUCUGUGGACCAUGUUACUCUUGGUUGCGCCCUACUGCUCCCCAUUAUUUGGAUACUUCAUCCUGGCAGAUACCGGAAAAUGGCGGACUAUCUUCUGGGUUGUUUUCGCACUUGGGUGUCUAAUUCUACUGCUCUGUAUGUUUUUUCUCGACGAAACUUGGUACCGUCGAGAUAUCGAACCGACAUCCCAGCCAAAGCGAGAAAACAGACUCCUACGUGUUUUGGGGGUUUGGCAGCUUCAACCACGGCCCCGCUACUUCAUGGAGCCCAAACAGUCCUUGAUUCGGUUGUUUGCCACUUUAGCGAAACCAGUGGUUAUCCCUGUCAUGAUUUAUUAUGCAAUGAAUCUCAUGUGGGUGAUAGGAGUCAAUCAAACUACUGCCAUUCUAUUCGAAACUCCGCGGGAGGCCGGUGGCUAUGGCAUGAGUACAAAGUCAGCAGGCUUUUGCGCCUUUACCCCUGUUAUCUCCGUUCUGCUUGGAGAGGUCAUCGGCCACUGGACGAAUGAGUGGGUAGCCAAACGAUACAUUGAGACGCAUGAUGGCAUUUUCAAGCCAGAAGCUCGCCUUCCGCCAAUAUAUCCUGCCCAUCUCUUGAUGGUAGCCGGACUGGUGACUAUUGGCCAAGCUCUAGGGCGGCACCUGAGCCUAGCAGCUGUUGUUCUCGGGUGGGGUAUGUUCGUUUUUGGCCAGAUGGUCAUGACUGUCUCACUCACAGCAUACAUACUGGAUGCUUAUCCAACUGCCCCUGGAGAGAUUGCUUCAUUGAUGAAUGCUUCCCGCAUUUUGUCAGGUUUCUCCGUUGGAUACUUUCAGCUUGGAUGGGGCCAAUCUGUGGGUUGGGCUACCUCAUUUGGUACACAAGCUGGUAUUUCAGCGGCUUCACUAACUAUUAUAGUUGUACUGAAUGUCUGGGGCGAGAAGUUGAGAGCGAAAGGAGGUCCUCUCAAGAAUUGA